UCUUGUUCGCUUUGAGUUGAGGUUUGAGGUUUGGGGCUCAAAUGGCGACACAGGAUUCCCCUUCUAUCUCGUACGGUGAGAAGGUUCUUGAGGAAAAGGAGCUGGAGCUAAGAAAGUAUAUACAAGACAAUUACUUAAAGAUCCACAAUUUUGAGAAAGAGCUGGCUGAGCUUUCGUUGCAAAUAAAACUUACUGUUGGCCCGAGAAAAGCGGCCCUUGAACACCUACGGAAUAAAAUCGAAAUGUCGGGAGCGAAAAUUCGAAAGGCUAAAUUGAAAGAAGAGAAUGCGAAGAAGCAAUGGGAAGCGGCACAAACUGCAUUGCAGGCUGAAGAAGAGGAAAAGCAAAAGCUUUGUGACGAUCUCAACCGUUUGGUCGAGCAAACUUCUGUCGCAGGAUUUUCGCGGUUGGAAGAACUAAAGCAGAAGCUUCAGGCGCUAAAUCCUGAAUUGGUAGCAGCUGAAGAGGCGUAUGACAACGAAGCUCACGGCAAGCAUCCAAAAAAUGUCGGACCCGCGCCUGGAAGUGUGCAACUGAAGGACGAUUUUUAUGGUUUCGACGUCGUGAGCAUCGAUUGACGAAACUCGGUUUACUAUUUCUAUACAGCUUAAUGCCGAAUCUACUUCGUACACUGAAUGACGAUCGUGGCAUCGAUGAAAAGUCGUAUAUGGGAUGGGACCGUGUACGUGGCCUAUCUGAUGCUGAGCCACAACAUUUGCUUCAGAGCCCCACAGGUAAAUAUGAUACCAUUUAAAAGAAUCCAUUGUGAUGUUUAUGAUGGUUCUUCACAAGGAAAUCGUGAGCCUAGUCUUCUAGUCUACAGUUGCGGUCGCAUGCUUCUUAAACAAGUGCGGAGUGCUGAAAGCUUCCCUUACAGAA